CUCAGACUCCGAGGUAAAGGAAUGCAGAUCCUCGGGAGAGCGCAGAGCUCUGCGUGGGCUGAUAGAGCCUGCCCCCCCAGGGCUCUGUGCUUGGUUGGCACCACAAACCCCCCAACAGCGUGAUGACCAACAUGGAGAGCUGUGUGUUGAGAUUUGCACCCCUUUUCUGCAUUGAGAUUUGGGGUUUGCUUUGCAAGGCAACGCCAGCUUUCGUGCUUUCAAAGACUGAUGUUCAGCAGAAGCUGCUCCUGGCAGGAAUCUUGAAAGGAGAAGGUCCUGAAUACCCCCAGCCACUGGAAGGAUGGCAGGAAUUGGCUCAAGGUGCUGUGUCGUCAGGGUAGAGCACAGAGCAGGGAUUUUGCUGGGCCAAGCAAGCAGCCAGGCGUCGGUCAGCUCUUCUGCGCCUGUGGUGUCUUCUGACUCGUCUGCCUGCUCCCGACAUGGAGUAUGCCUGGUAUUGGCUUGAUGAUUCUGGGCAGUGGAUUGAGUACGGGGAAGAGCAUCCGGAUCACUGCUCUGCCACGGUGAAAUCUGCAGAUCUGGAGAAGAAAUUUCUAUCUAACCGGAAAGGCAUUGUGUUCUUCAGCGCUGGUUCUCAGAAGUAUGAAUUAAGAUUUGAAGACAUGGUACAAACAAAUUUGGUCUUUGGAACUCAAAGAGAAGUUGCCCGACUGCCAAAAUUUCUGUCCUCUCAAGGCGGACAAAACAGAAGCCAAAACAUGACUCUCUCAUGUCCUCCACAAUGGGACCAGUCUGCACUGCCUGAUGUUGGGUACAAGUUGGUACAGCUCAGCUACAAUUCCAGUGAAUAUGGAAAAAUUAAGAGGCUGUUUGAGAAGACGAUGAAAGAUUACUACAUCCACCAACUGCAGAGGAUCCAGAACCUGGCACUUUGGCAAGUUUUUCAGUGGCAAAAGGAGCAGAUGAAGAAGCUCAAUAAAUCGAAAUGGGUGGAUGAGCGGCUCCUGUUCCACGGGACAAGUCCAUCCCACGUGUCUGCCAUCUGUGAGCAGAACUUUGACUGGAGGAUCUGUGGGACUCAUGGGACGAUGUAUGGAAAAGGAAGCUACUUUGCCAGAGAUGCCAGCUAUUCUCACAUGUACUGUUCCUCUCACAGUGGUCGCUACAGCAUGUUUGUAGCUGACGUUCUUGUUGGAGACUUUGUUCAGGGAAACCCCGAAUACCUUCGCCCUCCACCCAGGGACAGCAAAUCAAACAGACUUUAUGACAGCUGCGUGGAUGACCUGACAGACCCUUCCAUAUUUGUCAUCUUUGAGAAGCACCAGAUUUACCCUGCCUAUAUCGUGGAGUACAGCACUGGGGGCCAAUGUAUGAUCCUGUGAUGAACGGUGGCAUCUCCAUUGAAUUUACACUGAAUAAAUUAUACUUUAGUACA